AUGACUACGGCUGCCCAGCAGCUACAGAACCGACUGGCUGCCGAGGCUUUCGAUCCUGAUGAAGUUAUUCCACGAGGCAGUCCUCUCAUGAAAGCACUGCAUCCGAAGCUCGAGCUCUCCCCCAGUCCACCGCCGGACAUUCCUCCCGCACAAGUCAGUCUUAGUCCUCCUCCCAUCGACGGCUUUCCAAGGUCUAAUCGCCCAAAGAUUCGCCCCAGCUCUGGGGAUGCCGUUCUUGUUGCAUAUCUCGAUAACGGUCGUCGCCCGGAGAUUGCUCGUGCUGCUGGCUAUCAAGCACUUCCUGGCCUCGACGAGGAGGAAGAGGGUCUCUCUGGAGACCCUUCUUCCUCUAGACGGGUUGGAGGAUCGCCGGUAGAUGUCCGAGCUAGCGGUAGCCGACCGCAGUCGUUGGGUGCCAUGACAAGCCCCAGACUCCAAGACCUUGCGGUUGGUGCUCUGCAGGCUGUCACAACAGAUCCUGCCCGUGCCUCUGUCCCAAGGGAAACGCCAGAUAUCGCAUUGUCAACCCGUCACUUAUCAAUAAGUGAUGAUCGAUCACACAACACCACAUAUCUUUUGUCGUCUAGAUAUCCGUCGAAACACAACGGUCCACCCAACAGCGCGAGCAAAUCUCCCAUCGCCAUGUCCACACCAGCAAGCGGCGGCCUACCACCUCUCCAGAUGGGAUCCCCAAGAUCCGAAUGCAAUGGUCAAACUCUCCCAUCUAUACGGUCUACACUCGGCAAUCUUGAAAACAUUCCCCCCGAGCCGCCAACCCCAGCCGAAAAGGAUAUGCCGAUUCUCCAUGGGUCCAACACUCACUUCUCCCGCUCCCCACCCGUGACUUUGAGGCGCCUACCUCCCAUGUCUGCACCACAUGUUUCUCCUCCCAUCUCUCCAAAUGAACCUUACCAACUAAGCUUGCCAUCGCCGAGGUCAUUACCUGCGUCAAGUCCUUACAGCGGUUACACCUCCAACUCUUCCAACAGUCUUAACCAUCGACCCAACACAGACCCUUUCAGACUCAGUAUUUGCUAA